CAGCAGACACGUCGGAGGACGACAGCAUGACCCGCGAGUACCACAUACAGGAUGGUCCUUUUCGGAUAUUUCGCUUUCGGCGUAUGCAAGCGGCUUUCCGUCUUCGCAUGGUGCGAAUGAAGUGUGAGCUUGCCGUCAAGUGCAACGACUGCGUAAAGACCAUUAGGGGUUCAGCCAGGCGACAAAUGUUGGCGAAGUCCUCUUCGCCAAUGAAUACGAUGUUGCGAGCUUUGAGUAGUACGACGCAAGGAGAUUCGUGAUGGAUGUGUGACCCACCGCAUGUGUCAACCCCACUGACCAUGGGAACAUUAUUAGGCAUACCAAAGCGGCCUACUGCAUCCAGACCCUUCGCAAUCAUACAGACACGGUCGUUAUGAAGCUCGACUCUUCACCUACCGUCAGCCUUUAGUAGACGGACGACUCUUAAGUGAAAGGAGACCUUGACCUGAAGAGGCUCGCCAUUAUACACGCAGACCUGCAGAUACACUUAAAGUUAGUCUGUACAUACUUCCCAUCGAAGAUGCCUUGGUAGGGUUCGUUUCUGAAGGGUCCGAACACGGUGGAUGCUGGUUAGCAAAUUUCACAAAGCUGACCGAGGGUUGUGCGGUGAAUCCGCCGAAGAUGUAUUUCUGGCCUACGCGCCACCGACGUACAUGAGCAG